AUGCAGCUGCCACAUCCUGACUGGCGGAAACGGGUGGCUUGCACCAUAGGCAUUCAUGUACCACAGGACGAACGCGACAUACGGGACAUCCUCCAAGGGAAUCUACGCUUCGCGUGGCCCAAGGUUAUCUUCUUCCUCCGACCAAUGUGGCCAAUCCCCAUCCAUACCGCGCACGCCUUCACUUCCCUAUCCUCUUUCCAUCCCAUCUGUGUUGUUGCCCCGCGACUCCGUGAUACGAGGCCGUCAUGCGGCGCGACACCCUCCAUCAGUGAUCACGCCACCACCAAGCCAAGCUCGAGCUUCCUCUUGGCCCCGCGCAUGGUAGACCAUCGACCACCGACCACCUAUGCCCAGUCUCGCCGCUGCACCCCAUCCUUCGCCCCGGCUAGCGUACUCCGCACGUUCCAAGGGGCGCCAGCACAGGCUCAAACGGAACUGAUGCCAUCGCCGUCCUCGCGCGCGCCAUCCGCCUGA